CAUAAAAUACGGAAGAAGAAAAAGAAGAAGAACAUUGAGACGUCACUGAUUCUGACCAAUAAAAAAACAAAAACAACGUCUGGAUCGGUUCGCUGCGCCCCCUUUGCUCUUCAACAUGGCAGUGUCUCGAUUACCACCAGCUGCGUUGAGUUUCAAACAGUUUUUGCAGAGACAGAAGGUUCUGGGUAUCUACAGAGAUCUGCUCCGAACCAUCCGCAAAAUACCGCUCGAGUCUGAUCGCAGAUAUCUGAGAGAUUGGGCCAGAGAAGAGUUCAAGAGGAACAAGAGCGAAACAGAUCAGGAUGUCAUUCGCAUGAUGAUCACUCAAGCACACAAUCAUCUGGAGGACUUGAGAAAAUCUCUCUCGUUGGCUGGAUGCUAGAAGAUCAGCAGCAUGUUACCACAGACUUCCAAUUCUGAGUUUAACUGGAAACGAAGCUGAAAUGUUCAUGAUUUAUUAAAGGGAUAGUUCACCAAAAAAGUACAAUUCUGUCAUUAUUUACUCACCCUCAUGUCGUCCCAAACCCAUAAGACUUUAAGUCAUCAUCAGAACACAAAUGAAGAUAUUAUUGAUAAUCUCUCAUCCUUUUUGUUCUUCCACUGAAAGUCCAUAAAAACAAAACUUUGCAUGCUUUAAAAGUGCAAAAAGACAUCUUUUGUGUUUUGAAGAUGGAGGAAAUUAUUAUGGAUUUGGAACAAUAUGAAGGUGAGUAAAUGUUAACAGAAUUAUUCUUUUGGGGGGGUUGAACCCUUUAACAAAGUAUACUAUAAUGAGAAAAAUCUGAUAUUUUCUUGUGUAUAUAUAUUUACUUGUAUAUUUAUAAUUCACAAGUACUUCUUUUUAUUUGCCAAAUAUUAAUAAAAAACAAAUCAAAAUUCA